GGACGCUUGCGUUGCUUUUUGAAUAGGAAGCGAACUGGGAGGCGGAAACCAAACAAAAUUCCCGAGUUUCGGAUUCCCCAACCAGCGCGACUUUUGGUUUCUAUUUUCUACCUUUUGAACUUUGCUUUUGAUACGUAACGAGUUACUCUUUCUCGUCGUCGUCGUCGUCGUCUCCAUUCCUUUUUGCAAACCAUUUGUUGGUGAAAGUUCCUUUGCAGUCCGUGGCUUUCUCCUUGUGCUGCUCCCCAAAAGCAAACAAAAAAAAGACGCGUGCGAACAGUUUUUUGGGUCCUCGUCCGAAAGGGGCCGCCAUUCGGACGAACUGAGUCCAGACAAGACGGUCGGGCUUUGAAGGCAUUUAUUCUACCUUACUCUUCCCAUACGGCCUUUGGUUCCCAUCUCGUGCGCAUCGAGUCGUUUCUUGGUCUUGUGCAUGACGGUGUGAAGAAGGUCGGGAAAAACAACGCCUUGAAUAUACUUGGUUUACCAUUAUAUUCUAGGACCCAUUCAGUAAACGGGUUAACAAAAUUUGAGAGAGGACUGUUUAUUGUGAACACAUUGUUCUGCCCUCCCACCUUAACGGCCCUUGCAGCCGUUUCAAGGUCUACAGUUCCGUCAAAAUUCCAGCCAAGCAAGACUACCUCCUGCCUUCCGACGCCGCGCAGACUCUUCUUGCGCUUCAUCAACAACCAACUUUAAGCGAUCCUUGGACGAGUGCACAAGAGACGGACGGUUGGCACGCUUCUGGUUUUGAUUCAGUCGACUCGGAGGGCGUUCAUUUGCCUCUUUGCCGGUCGGACCCUGAAGAAUUGCUUGACGCUCUGCACAAGCUCAGUCCAGUUCGCUUGCCGCCUACACCUGAUCGCGUUCGGCACUCACGGUCUAUAGGACAACAAAGCUUUCAGACACCUCGGAAGCCUCGACCGCUUCCCACUGACACCAGAGCCAAGGCAAACAAACGAGGACCCCCUUCACCCGCCCCUUCAUCUCCCACCAUUCAGGAAUAUCAGGCAACGGACUCUCACGACCAUCUCGAGCGAGCUUUACCCUCUCCGGAGCGGGAAGCAAGCCGGCGGUCGGCGAAUACCGAACGCAAACAAAGCUCACGAAAGUCCGGGAAGAAAAAGAGUGAAAUCAAGCUAAUACCGUGGCAGAAGCCUCCGAAUAUGGGCGAUGGAGACGCGGCGGCCCUUGAUGAGCACAAAUUGCGUAUCCUCAACGAGACUAAAAAUGUAUCGUCUUUUGUGGUCAUUGGCCAGACCCUUCACAAGCUUUAUUAUGAAGAUAAGCUGAUGAAAACCCAAAAGGAAUUUUUGGAAUGGACAAAGGCCCACUUGGGAUUUUCCAAAUCGACCACGUAUGAGUACAUAAUAUCGUACCGGAUCUAUUCUGACAUUGCUUCAAAGCUGUCAAAGGAAUAUCGGCCCCCCAUGUAUCAGUCACAUUGUCAGCUGCUGUCCAAAGUCCCACAAAAGAAAUUGGUGGAGACUUGGAUGGAUGUUUGCAGGCAGGCUCCUAAUGGCGUUAUAACUACAGCAUUUCUGGAAAUGUAUUUGGAAAAGCAUAAUCUUAAAGUUCCCAAAGCUCGCAUAUCUGCUGCGGAGCAGGAAAAGGCGAACGAAGGCUCGGGAUCGCCAUACAGUACGGUUACGUUCUCCCAAGGCUCUAGUUCGGCACAAGAUGGACGAGGAGGUCAUGGCAAGUCGGCCAAUGGAGUCCAGGAAGCCAGUGGAGGAAGUGGCAGUCGGCGACGAAGUUCUGUUUCGACGCCUGGGCAUGUUAAUGGGCAUCAUGGUGUGCACGCAGCCAAGCCGGGCAAACAUGCCCGCGACGAAGAUGGUGAACCAGAAUGUACACAACGAAGGCGCACCGAACCUGAUGGAUCUCAGGAGAUGCAUUUCCCGCCAAUUACUCAACCACCGCCACCAAAUGCACCCAUAUCCAUUCCUAUCCCGGUGACGGUUCCACCACCUUUGCCCAGUGCAACGACCAGUAACUUGUCCGAUGGCGAUCUAUCGGAUGAAAAUUCGCGACCGCGACUGCCUUUCAAUGAUGGUUUCAUUUUCGAGCUGAGCAAGAACGUGGUCCUUGGGCAGCAAUUUGAUAUGGUUAUGCAAACAGUGCGGGACUUUAAGGCGGCCGAACAGCAGUCAUGGUUUGGUCGACUGUGGUGUAACCUCUCUGGCAUUCGACCGUUCUCGACAACACAGAUUUACGGCAGCCCGACUUCACACCACGCCUCGUUUGAGGGCGGAUUGGAGCGGCUUUUGCAAAUCAUUUUCACCAAAUUUGCAAAUAAAGAGUUCGUCGAAGGACUUUUUCUGCUGAAAGCAGAGUUUGGAGCGGAUUGGUUUACCCCCAUUCUGCAGCAUCCUUACUGUAUUUUGCGACAUAACAAUCCGCCCAUGACGCAUGUACCCGCCCCUCAUCCUCCUCCCCAACAUGCGGAUGGUGAACAUGAUCAAUCCACCGAUCGGGAUCAGAAGGAGGCAAUUAAACAUUCGACAUUAGCGGUGUCUCCUCCACCUCCGCCUUUGCCGCAGCCAUACGAGAGUUUUGUCAUGUUCUAUUUGGGACCUAAUAUCAAAGAUUUCUGUACAGUGUUUCGCUCUGUUGGAUUGGUGCCUGGAAUCAACAGUUGGUCACCCGACCAUAUGCACAACAUGAUGGCACUCUUCAUACCCACACCUGCCCCGGCCCCAGAGACCGUCGAAGCCUCAGCAGAAAUGCAAAAUUCUUUGAGCGAGGCGGCGAGUGCUUUGGUCGAAAUUGCCAGCAUUGCGGGGAUGAGUGGAUCUCAACCAUCUUCAGGGGAACCUGAGGGCGAACCGGAAGCGAGACAACAUUCACAAGAGGUCAAACCGGAGGAUGAGGCUGAUGAAGAAUAAGGGCGGGAAGCAUUUGGUUUCGGUUAGUUCAAGCAAACAUCUGUUAUACCCUUGCAUGUUCUAUCCUUUAGAUCGAGACAUGGCGACAUUUUUCUGUUUUUUCUUUUGGGGGAUUUGAGGGGUUCGUUGAUUAGCGAGGACGUUCUUUGGUGGGAUGGGAUUGAUACUUUUCUGUUUUUUUUUUCCACGCAUUUUUUUUUGUUUUUGUUUUAACUGAAACUGGGUAGAAGACUUGUUUGGGGGUAGAACUUGUGUUGUCUGCUUGAUUAGGUGUGGUUUGAUGGGUGGAGAAAUGGAUCGUUUUCAGCAUUCCUUUAUGAUUUUCCUUUGAACUUUUACGUUUCCGCCAUCUCAUGAACUGUUGAUGAGCAAUACAGUUUUUGUGGAUUUCCGUUUACGUUUCCUGGCGAUGUAGAUAAAUGGAAACUUUAUAAUAUCCUACCCAAUUUUUGGCGUCUUUGGGCUCGUUACCAGCUGGGUCCUUGACCAUC